UUAUCUUAAUAGAACAUUAGAACUAGACGUAUGUGUCCACAGUGUGGUGCACCAUCUGUCUUUGAUGACACGCAUUGCAUUGUAUUCAUCUCUGAACGACAGUCAGAAUGUUUGUGUUUGCACUGUAUGGCUUGUUAGCUGUUUCCGGGGCUUUACCAGCUGACCGAGUUGACAGGGCAGUGGAGUGUGGUUCGCAGUUAUUUUUGACGACAAACUUUGGACAGAUCUCCAGUCAUGGUGGAUUCAACAAUAGCCACAACUACGGCAAGAACAUGAACUGCAUCUGGCGUGUACAGGCACCGGAAGGUCAGAACGUGGAACUGGUUGCCAAGGAUUUCGACGUUGAGGCUGACCCAUCAUGCGGUUACGACUACGUGGAACUUUUCGACGGUGACAGCGUCAACGCCCCAAGUCUUGGCAAGUUUUGUGGAAGCGUGUUCAAACCGAUCUCGUCCACGCAAAGAUACCUAACACUCAUCUUUGUAACCGAUGAUAACCAACAACAAACCGGCUUCGUCUUCUUCUACAACUUUACCACCGAAGUUAUCCAUUCGUGUCUGGACAACCAAUUUGCUUGUACCAACGGUCGCUGCAUCUCAACUACCUAUAAAUGCGAUGGAGAUGAUGACUGUUUGGACGAUAGCGAUGAACAGAACUGCCCCGCUGGUGGUGGCAGUGGAACAAAUGGUGGUUCUGGAGCAUGUGCUGCGGAUGAGUUUACGUGUCCUGACGACAGCUGCAUUGACAGGGACUGGCUCUGUGACGGAGAUGAUGACUGCGGGGACGGCGCGGAUGAGAAAGUAACGACCUGCAGAACGCAUUCACCAGUCCAAGCCGCCUGUGGCAACACAGACCUUACUGGAACAGCAGGAACAAUAAAGAGUCCGAAUUAUCCAUCAAACUACCCGAAUGACGUUCUGUGCAUCUACCAUAUCAUCGCCGAUGCAUCCACCACUAGUAUUCAUUUCAAGUUUGACAAUAGUUUCGAUGUCGAAGAUGACGACACAUGCCAAUACGAUUACAUAAAGAUAACAACUGAUGACGCCAAUGCUAAUAAGCAUGGCCCAUUCUGCGGAACAACUGCCCCAACACCGUUCAAUGUUCCUGGCAACCAAGCGUUCGUAAUGUUCAAAGCUGACGGAUCUACCGUCAGUAAAGGCUUCCGGGUCGACUGGGUGGCUCAUGGUAACUGAAGAAAAGCGUUCGAGCCGAGCAAGAGAUUUAAAUAAACUGUUUUGAUGUAUUUCAAAUAAAUAAGUUUGUGUAA